GUUAGACCCGCCCCCGGCCCACAAGGCUCUGCAGGGAGCGGGCCCAGGCGCGGCGCGAUCGAGGUCGGGUCGCCGUCCAGCCUGCAGCAUGAGCGCCCCCAGCGCGACCCCCAUCUUCGCGCCCGGCGAGAACUGCAGCCCCGCGUGGGGGGCGGCGCCCGCGGCCUACGACGCGGCGGACACGCACCUGCGCAUCCUGGGCAAGCCGGUGAUGGAGCGCUGGGAGACCCCCUAUAUGCACGCGCUGGCCGCCGCCGCCGCCUCCAAAGGGGGCCGGGUCCUGGAGGUGGGCUUUGGCAUGGCCAUCGCAGCGUCAAAGGUGCAGGAGGCGCCCAUUGAUGAGCAUUGGAUCAUCGAGUGCAAUGACGGCGUCUUCCAGCGGCUCCAGGACUGGGCCCCGCGGCAGACACACAAGGUCGUCCCCUUGAAAGGCCUGUGGGAGGAUGUGGCACCCACCCUGCCUGACGGUCACUUUGAUGGGAUCCUGUACGACACGUACCCACUCUCCGAGGAGACCUGGCACACGCACCAGUUCAACUUCAUCAAGAACCACGCCUUUCGCCUGCUGAAGCCGGGGGGCGUCCUCACCUACUGCAACCUCACCUCCUGGGGGGAGCUGAUGAAGUCCAAGUACUCAGACAUCACCAUCAUGUUUGAGGAGACACAGGUGCCCGCGCUGCUGGAGGCCGGCUUCCGGAGGGAGAACAUCCGUACCGAGGUGAUGGCGCUGGUCCCACCGGCCGACUGCCGCUACUACGCCUUCCCACAGAUGAUCACGCCCCUGGUCACCAAGGGCUGAGCCCCCACCCCAGCCUGGCCACGCCACACCCAUGCCUUCCUCUGUGCCUUCCUGGCCGGGAGCCCAGGCUGUCGCACCAGCCCCGUGCUGAUCCCAGCUGUGUGUCACCAGCAGGUUUCCCAGCUUCUCUGUGAGGGUCACUGCUGCCUGCUGCAGGGUCCCCGAGGUGAAGUAAACGCCGGCGCUGGGCUUGGCCAGUCGGCAGUGAG